AUGCUUCGGGGACCGCCUCCCCAAGAGCUGGAGAUUGAUAGUAUCCGCAAGCCAAUUCCUUCGCGUGGUAUUGUUCGGAUGUCGCAAUCACCAACACCCAAUGCAAGUCCAUACCCCGAUCUCAAAAACCAGGUAGCUUUGGUCCUCGGCGCAGGCCAAUCCGGCAACCCCAAGUCAAAACACUGGGGUAACGGAGCCGCCAUUGCCAAAGUGCUCAGCACAUCCGGAGCAAAGGUCAUCGCAUGCGACGUGAAUCUCGACGCAGCCCAACAAACAGCAUCACGUAUCCAAGCCAGUGGCGGCGUCUGCGACGCAGCCCAAGCGGACGUGACCAGUGCCAGGGACAUCCAGCGCGUCACAGACCAAGUGCUCACCAAAUACGGAGAUCAGACUCAACCUCAAAACCGUCUAUCUCAGCUGCCGUGCCGCUCUCCCGAUCAUGGGAGACAGGGAUCGGGAUCCAUCAUCAAUAAUGCAUCCAUCGCCGGUAUGAGAUAUCUCGGGAAACCGCAAGUGGCGUAUGCAUCGGCCAAGGUGGCGGUUAUGCAUUUCACCAAAGUCACGGGCGUGAUGUAUGCCGGCAAGGGAGUGCGCGUGAAUUCUGUGGCCCCGGGGAUGAUGUACACGCCGCUGCUUGAGAUGCUGGGGAAUAGCGAGUCGGACAAUGAUCGGGAGGUCUAUCGGAAGAUCACGGACCAUAAUGUUCCCUCGGGGGUUAUGGGUGAUGCAUUCGAUGUUGCUAAUUGUGUGGCUUUUUUGGCGAGUCACUCGUCGCGGUAUAUCACCGGUCAGAACUUAGUGGUUGAUGGUGGGCUGACGAGCUCUACGGGGACUGGGGGAGUGCCAGCUCCUUCGCCUAAGCUUUAG